AUGCAAAGGAAGAUGAACUACCACAACAUUGGAGUGAUAUUGUUGUAUUUUUGUAUAUGGAUAGUGCAGGCAAAAGUAACACCGAAGGAUGAAUUGGUAUUGAAUAAAGGAUACUCAUUGCCAAACUUAUUAGAAGUGAAAGAUCCACAAAAGGAGCUCUCGAAAUGGGUGUUAAGGGACAAAGCAAAACUAGAAGAAGGCAGGUUUGUUUUAACUCCGGGAAAGAGUACCAAAGGUUCACUUUGGUUAAAACCGGAAUAUAAAGUUCAGGGCGCUAUAACAAUAGAGUGGACAUUUAGAAGUUUUGGGUUCAGAGGUAGUACAACGGGUGGCCUUGCGUUUUGGUUAAAGCAAGGAAAUGCGGAAGAUGGUACUGAGCUAUUUGGUGGAAGUUCUGAGAAGUUUGAUGGUCUAAUGAUACUUCUACGGUUAGAUGACAAGUUGGGCGAGAGCGUGACAGCAUACUUGAAUGACGGGUCUAAAAACUUCGAUUUUAAAAGCUCUCCGUAUUUUGCGUCAUGUUUAUUUCAGUACCAAGAUUCCAUGGUUCCAUCCACGCUGAGAUUGACGUAUAAUGCGCUGGAUAAUCACCUUCUCAAGUUGCAAAUGGACAAUAGGGUGUGCUUUCAGACAAGGAAAGUUAAAUUUAUGGAAAACAGCCCACUUAGAAUUGGGACAAGUGCUGUCAACGAUGCCUCCAAAGAAUCGUUCGAGAUAUUGAAAAUGAGGCUUUAUGAUGGGGUCAUUGAGGAUUCACUGAUUCCCAACGUUAACCCCAUGGGGCAACCUAAAGUGGUUACAAAAGUGAUCAACUCACAAAGUGGUGAAGAGAGUUUCAAGGAAAGGUUGCCAUUUUCUGAAAAGGGGGAAAGCAUAACAAAGAACGAACUUUUUGAGAAGAUAAAUAAAUUGGAAGGAAAAAUCAUGGCAAAUGACAUUAAUCCAUUACUCCUCAAAAUGAACAAGAUUGUGGAGAAUGAACGCGAACUGAUCCAGCGUUUGAGGCCAGUGCUAGAUCUUGAGGAAGCAGAAUACAGGUCGGGCGUAAAUGACGAUAAAUUCCAAGACUUUUUAUCGAUGAAUGCAAACCUGGACAAGUUGAUAAAGGAACAAGACAGGACCCGACUAGAAAUGAAACUGCAUAGCGAACGUAACAACGGUCCCGAUGAGAUCUUUUCAAAGGUAAGUCUAUGGUUGGCCAUAUUGAUUUUCAUCAUGAUCACGCUAGCGUAUUACAUGUUUAGAAUCAAUCAAGACAUCAAGAAAGUCAAGCUUCUAUAG